AUGCUGGCGCAGAUCGCGAAGUCGCUGUUCCCCGAGCUGCUGGAGCGGCGAUUGCGCGAGACGGAAGCGGAAAAGGCCAAGUUCGAGCUGUGCCUGCCCGCGUUCUUCUACAACGUGCCCGUGUUCCCCGGGCAGACUCUGUGCGUGCACUUCUUCGAGCCCCGGUACAAGCUUAUGAUGCAGCGCAUCAUCAACACGAGCCGAAGGUUCGCGUACGUGCUGCCAGCACCAGUACAAAGCACGAACAACGACGACAGGAACACGGACCAACAAGGCCGCAUUGCCCUGGAAGCGCACGUGUGCGAGGCAGAGUUUUUGAGUGAUGAUCGAGUAAUGGUCAAGAUCAAGCUCGCCGGACGCCACACUGUAGUGGAGGACUUUGUGGAGGCCGGCACGGGGGAUCUGCACUACUGCCAGCUUGAGCCGUUCGAUGACGACCCCUUGCAAGAUGGGGGCGCGGACGAGCUGGAGGACCUCCACACGCGAGCGAAGACCAUGUGCAACGGCUUCCUCGGCCCGUUCAAGGGCCAGCUGGUGGAGGCGCACGGAAGGAUGCCGGAAGACGCUGUGGGCCUGUCGAUGUGGAUGGCGUCCCUCCUGCCGUUCUACCCCCCGGACAAGCACUCCCUCGUGCGGUCGAGGUGCACGCGACGACGCAUGCGCACCUGCCUCGACUGCGCCGCCUCCAUGGAGGAGAUGGCUCGCGCGGCCGCCCGACGAGAGGAGAAGAGCUCGGCGGGGGACGUGUCUGCCGGCGAGGGGCAACAACAGCAACCGCCGCCGCGUCCGUCGCAGCCGGCGGCGGAGGCGGCGGCGGAGGCGGCGGCGGUGGCGGUAGCUCAGGCGGGGGUUUCUGGGGGCUCGGCGAGCGCGUGGGAGGACGAGGGCGAGAGGAGUAGUAGGUCUGCGCGACAGCGGCAGCGCCGGUGAAAUAUGUCGUUUUCUUGCUAUUGUGUCUGUCUGCAUGUCUGUUGCCUCCUUCCCUGCUGUACGGCUGUCGCGCCAGGUUGCUCUUCCUCCUCUCUUUCAAUUGUUUUUUCAUGUGUUCCCCGGAAGAGGGUAGAGUGGUGUGGCUUUCGGCACCGUUGAGAGAGGAGGACACCCCUUUUGCUGCUGCUGCUGCUGUUUAGCAUCAGACGGAUGCUAGUGCCGCCUGCCGCUGCGGCUGCUGUAGCUGGUCGUGGUGUGGUUGCUGCUGCUGUUCACCAGUCCGUGUAGGGAGCUGCUCUACGUAGAUGUGAGUACUGCUGUUGAUGCCACGUGAAGGGCUUCGAUCGGGCGUUUCGUGCUGCGGUCGACGCGCGUUCCUACGCGUCUGAGCGUGUUUGUUCAUGCCGGCGUCAUACUGUGAGCGCCGACGGGUGUGAGGGUGGGUAGGCAAUUUGUGCCGAUCAGAGAGAGUCCCUACAUGAACAUGAAUAUCGCACAAUGUGGAUUGCUUGGCCCUUUGUGGUUCGGGAAAAGGAGGGUGCGGGGGGGGGGGUACAGGCGAGACUGGCGUCGUACCCCCCAUGACUCUGUUUUUUGGGGUCCUUCAACGGCGUGUUGGGUAUCGCACCUCGGGGAAAGGAACACUCUAGCGGUGACUGUAAAUUCACGGGUGUAGGUAUACACAUGCGGGUGUGGGCGGGCAUGGUGUCGUUCCUAAAGUUUGGAUCGGUGGGUAAGAUGCUGCUAUUCUCGUCACCUCGGCGACACCCGUUCUUUGGGGGGGGAGGGUAGUUCUUUU